AUGAAAAACAGGGACGGAUAAAUUGCAAUUGACUUAGUUAAGGAUAAAAAAACAAGAGAAGUAUUUGAAAAAUAUGCUACACCUUAUGACCUAAAUCUCCAAUAAAGAAACAGUCUAGCUUAUUAUGAAAACAAGUAAUAUAAUCCUUACUCGCAUCAAAAUCUCUAAAAGAGGUUUAUUGAUGGCGAGGACUAAUAUUACUGCAUAUAAGAAUAAGAUGAUGAAUACUUCUACAAUCCUAACUAAUAAAUUAAACAAAACUAUGAGAGAAAUAUCCCUCCCCCUACGAUUAAUUCUAUAAAAAAUGAUUAAAAUCAAAGCAAUACAUUCAACAACCAAUCCCACAAUAUUCUCGAAGAUUCAAGAGUUUUAAAUUAAUAUGAAAUUAUGAUUUAGUAAAUCAAUUAAGAAGAAAUGUUCAACAAAUAGUAAAAUUUAAAUGACUAAUAAGAAGUUUAAAAUAACUUUACCUUUAAAAAUUUCUUCGAUCAGUCUUUGGAAAAUUAUAAGGAAGAGGAAAUAGAAGAAUAAAAAUAUGAUUAAUUUAUUAUUAAAGAUUCUCUCUAUAUGAAUUCUCCUAAAUUUUCAACCCACCAAAAAUACAACAAUGUAACUAAUAUAACAGCUCAUUUUUCUGCUUUAAAACCUACUCCUUUGAGCCUGUAAAAGAUUCAAACUCCAGUUGAGGUAGGCAUUAUUUAAAACCAUAAGGAAACAAAUGAUGAGGCUUCUUAAUCUAUCGGAUAAAAUAUAGAUUCCCCAACAAGCACUCGAAAGGGGAAAAUAAACGAAGAUAUGUUUUUUUCACCAAAUCCAAAUAAUAUGAAUGAAUUUAAUUCUAAAGCAGACAAAGUUAGCAAUAAAAUGUAUAUUUAGAAAUCUCAUGAAAUAGAUUAUAAUGAAAUUGAAAAAUAUAGAAUGUAAUCUCCAAUAUAAAGGGGAAGAUCAUAAUCUUAAACAUCUGUGCUUAUAUAGUAUUAGCAGUCGAGAUUAGGUUCUAAUACAAAUACUGCAAUUAUAGACAACGAGCAUGAGAUAAUGGAACCAAAUAUGCUUUCUCCUCGUAAGCACAAAUAUUAUCUUUACUUUAAGUCACUCAAACAUCGUUUGGCUCAAGAAAAAUCGUCUGUUGCUAUAGAAGUAGAUACAAGCCAGCUGGUUCAAAAUGUAGGACUAGUAAAUUUUAACUCUCCUACUCCAAAUAAAACAUUUUAAGGGUUUACUUAUCCCUAAUAAUCAGAAGGCUUUACAGUAGUUAAUGAAGAAUUUUAUUCUAAAGAUAUAGAAAGCUUAAAAAAAUUAAACACAGCAAACCGUUUACCUUAUCAAAUUUCAGAAGACGAAAGCUCUCCCAAAGAAAGAAAAAUAAUUAACUUUAGUGAGUGUGUAGGAAAACAAUAAAAGCAGCUCAUUCAAUAUUAGCUGAGAUAAAAACUAAAUUUUGAUGAGGAUUAUGACGAAUCAAACAUUGUUGUUGAUGAUAUUGAAACAAAUGACAUCAUGAAAAUAUAGGACAGUAUUAAACUUAAGAAGAUUCCUGGAUAAAAUAUACAAGAGCAAGGUUAUAAACAAAGCAAACAAUAAAUUAAAGAAUAUUUAUAAAUAAACCAAAGUAUACCUUUUAAGCUAAAAAACGUUUAUAAUACUCCUUGCGAUCCAAAAAAAGAUUUAGAUUUUAAAAUGAUUUCUAAUAACUAACAAAUAGAUUAAAACCAAACUGAUUUUAUUACAAAAUCGGAUAAACUAAUCCAAUAAAUACCACUCAUGAGCCACAACAGUUAAAACAUUAGCAAUCUCAAUUAAUAAUCUUAAGAAAACAAAAUUUUUUUCUAAAAUAAUUUAUAAUAACAACAAUUCUAAUUAUAAUAAACCUAAAACGAAAUGAUUUAAAAUAAUUAGGUUAUCAAUAACAGUAAUAAUAUUAAUAAUUAAUAAUUUAGCAUCGCUAAUAUUAUUCAGUAAAAUAACAACUAAAAUCAAAAUGAAUCAAAUUAAUAAUAUUUAUAAACAGUAAGCCCUUUACUUAAACGCCAUAGCAUUAAUGGUUAGUUGAGCGGAAAGAAAAAGAUCCCUCUAAGUCCAACCCCUUCUACUAAUAGUAUCUUUUUUGUGAAUAGAUAAGUUUUGAGUAUCCGUUAGCUCGUCUUAGAUGAAGAUAUGAUAGAGUCAGCCUAUUAAUUUAGAUCUGAAAAUCAAAACUCUUUUCUAAUAUAAGGUGCUAAUUACGAACAAUCUAGUGCUUUAAAAAGAAAAAAGUAGCCUUCGAUUUCAUAAAAUAUAAUGAAUUCACCAUAAAUUGAGAUUCAAAAUAAUCGUAAGCAAUCAAUAAUCUCUAAUAGAUAGAAGUACAUGCUGGAGUUUUCAUAAAAUUUACUAGAGAUAGGAAUAAGUCUUUUUAAUUCUUCACCUCUAUGUGGUUUAUCUUUCUUAAUAUUAUUUGAUUAUAUAAAACCUGAAAGUGAAGAUAUAGUAAAAUUUUUAAUGUAAAAUCCUUCUACUCCUGUGAGUGCUUAGCAAGCUAACAGCUUAGAGCAAACAUAUCUUCUUAAAAAGAGUAAGCAAGCAAUUACCGAAAUACUUACGGAUUUAUCUCUAUAAGAAAACUGCGAAAUUCUCUAUUAUUAUAGCACCUUUUUCAGUUUCUCUAAUAGCAGUUUUUGUAGUGCCUUAAGGUACUUUGUUUAAGACUUACAACUUUAAAAUGAUCCUGAAUAAAUAGAUAUAUUGCUAAGCUGUUUCGCAAAAAAAUUCUUUUAGCAAAAUUAACAACAAUCAAGCUUGUUUGAGAGCUCAGACUCUGUCCACAUGCUUGCAUUUGCAACCUUUAUGUUAGACAUAGAUAUCCACUUCCAUAAAGAGCAUGAUUUACCUAAACUAAUUUAAGAAUUUUAAAUGAAUAUCUAAGGCAUAAACGGAGGAAAAAACUUUUCGUAGGAUUUCAUAAAUAACAUAAUCGAGAACUUGUUAGAUAAAAAAAUUACUCACAUAGUCUCAAAUAAGCUAAUUGAAAAAUAAAAAUAACACUAUGUUGCUGUUUUCAAUCUUUUACUUCACGAGAAGGCAUAGAUAUUUGUCUCUGUAUUUAAGCAAAGUGCAAAAACACCUCAUUAAAAAUUAUAAAAUAUAGGAGGUUUAAAUUAGCCUCCUGAAUAAGAGCUCGUUCUUUUUAUAUUAGAUAAUUUAGCUAUUGUAACCAAUAAAAACCAUACCUCUAAUCCUUUGUCUCACAUAUCUAUUUUUUCAAUGCUAAGCUUAAUAAUAAGCUAUAAAAAUUAAGUACUAAUCCUAAAACCGGCUUAGAUAUUCAAUAAGAGCUCUAUUCAAGUUGCAAAGCUAGAUCCUUAAACAUAGGGCUUUAUUGUAAAAUAAAAGUAACAGUUGAAGUUUAGAGUUAAAGGCGAAGAAGAAGGAAAGCUAUUAGAUUAGAAGCUAAGACAGCUUUUUUCUACAAAUAAUAGUUAAAAUUAAGGAAUUAGAAAAAAUUGA